AUGUCGACAGCGAAGGCGAAGGAAAAUGGGAGUCUCGUGAUCUUCCAGGCAAGAUUGAAGAUACGCCUGAUAAACCCCCUCGGAUCAGAGCUUUCUUUGCGCUUCUUCUUCGCACCAUCGGACGUUCAGAUGACGCAAACAAAUCACCGGUACGCCAUGUUCCUCGACAGAACCGGCAGGACCGGCCAAUUCAACUCCCUGCCUUUCUUCUGCACAAACCCCAACAGAUUGCUGGGGACCCUUCGCGUCAACCUGAAUCGACUGUUACAAACACCCAAGGCAACGAGUGAUGCUCCUGCCCUUCUGCAAACAACGACCCCUGGCAACAUCACAAGAUCAGUGUUGGUCGUAGCGCAAACCACAAAUGCAUCAUCUAACGCAGGCAUCUUUGGGUCGCAAAAUGACGAGUCGCGAAACCUCUGGAAAAAGGCUGCGGUUGUCAGUGCCGCAGUAUUGGGAAGUCUCUUGCUCCUCUCACUCCUCUCACUGUUGCUUCUUGGCUCUCUCCUACACCGCUCUCAUCGCCGCCAUCGCAAACCCACAGUGGUCGUUGGGGAUCGGGAUCCUGCAAAUGAGAAAGCCAUUGGACAGGAUCAAGGAGAACUGACAAGGAAUCCAACAAUCCUACCGGUACCCUUGGAUGGUCGCAGUACACGUCGGCCGAGUGAUACCAUGAACACAAUUCCUGAAUCGGAGCGUCCUAGAGAUGAUGCCGCUCCGCUCCCCCAGAGCCGCCACGGCAGCGUCUUUCCAGCACCAGCUCCGGGCAUCAGACGUGCUACUACACAUCAGCCGUCCUUGAAUGAUGAUAUUGGCCCUCUCACGCCAACCGCGCCGCGCCGAGCAGACACCCUCCCACCCGCGACUGAAGCCGCUCAACGCAAGCGAUCUGUUCCUCCGGGGAUGGUUGAACAGGGACAGGGCAGUGCAAUCGAAGACGAUAGGGGAGCAGAGGCAGCCGGUCAAAGGCCCACCACGCCCCCACCGCGCGUUGCCACAGCACCUUUGUCCAGGGCCACCACAGCAAAGCUGCCCUCUGCACCUGUAGCAGAGUAA